CCACCUCCAUCACCUUCAACCCCCCCUUUUUUUUCGUCCUCUCUUUUAGUUAGCGCCUACAACUCUGGUCUAAUAGCGCUAAACCGUCGCCUUUUUUCCUUUUUCUUUCUCUUCGACCAUACACUUAGCGCCUAUAUCCACUGUAGCCCGUCACUAGCUUCUCCCCCCCGGCGCAUCCACUUCUGCCGGCCUGGUCCACUCUAACUCUGUGGUGGACAAACCAGAGGCUGCCGUGGCCCCCUGCACAACACAGCACAGCACCCGCGGAGCUCACCCGCAGCGCACUGCAACGACCCAGCCCGCCCAUUGUUUCUUUCUCUCUCUCUCGUGCUUCUCCUCCUUUGUUCCUCCGCCGUUGUUGCUUUUGUCUCACUUUAGCCUGGUCGUCCCACAAACCAGGCUUUUCAAAGAAGGCAUUUUUUUCUUUUCUUCUGCUUCUUUUGCGCUCAAAAGACCACGGCUGCUCUCGUUUGCCGCUUUUUUUUCUCUCCGUCAUUCUUUGUCCUCACUCUUUCUAGUUGGCAAAUCUCGCUUCUGGCGUCGCAUCGUCGCAUCUGCUGCUGCUCCCGUCCCAUCAACGGGCACCAACGGUUUCCUGGCCUACAAAGCUUUACCACAGCCUUUUCAUUUUUUUCCGGCUCGAACCAACCGAAGGAACGACCGACUACAUCUAGGAAUUAAGCAUUUGUUGUACCCGAGACGCUAUUCCAGUCUUGUAUCUUUAACAAACAUUGAUGCCAUCUAUUGCGCCCUUUUACGACGACUGCCCUGCAUUUCUUUGACGGGAGCUUACCAUCGCUUCUCCUUAUUCACCAAGCUACUCCGAGACGACCAACUUCCUCAGCUCGGCUCCCUUUGAAUGGAUUUCUGACAGCUCGUGUGUAUAUUGAAGGCUUUUCAGGUACACUCCGGCUGAUUCAAAGCUCGGACUGUUACAAGCUUGACUCUACGACUCUGCCUUUGGCCUCCAACCACAUCGAUUUAUUAGGAUCGGGAUCGGAAGCUUUCUCAUCUCUAUCAUUAUCACACCAAAAGUCACAUCUCAACGUCGUCACCCGAUGGAACAUUCAAUUCAUGGCGCUUUGGCGUCAACGCGGCGCAUGAGGCGUCAACAGCAGCGCGCAGCUAAACUGGCCGUCCUACUUCUGUUACCUUCUCUACCAGAUAUGGCAUCCGCACAAGCUUCCAAGUGCGUUUCACUGCAAGGCUCAAAAAGCUGCCCAGCAUUUCAGUCCGCCUCCGUAUCAACUUCCAGCCAAGAGCUUUUGAGUCACUACAACUUCCUUCAAUUCGUAUCUGACGCCAAGAGUUUUGAUGAUCAAAUGGACAGCUUUAUCAAGACGGCAUAUAUCCAGCAGCAAUUCCAGAAUCGAUUUGGAUGCAAUGACGUAGAUUUGCGAAAUUCCAGCAGCAUGUAUGCGAGAUGGACAACCACAGUCAUUUGUAAUGUCAUGGUUCAGAUGUCUCACCAACCAUGCUCUCUAUCAGACGAUGCAGCCCGCCCUAUAUGUGCCGACACUUGUGCCGAGUACGCUCAGAGUGAAGCAUGGAUUACUGCUAAUAGCAAUCUUUGCAAAAACCCAAACAAGAACAUCAACGACCUUAUCCGCGCAGACUUUACGACCUGUGGCCUGCCUGACCGCUCUCUCAGUGGACGAUGCAUAUCUGGUGUCGAAAACGAAUCCAAUAACUGUGGUUUUGGAGCCAACACAAUAGGACUGUGCACGUACUGCGGAGCUGGUGGAAUUAACUCUACAGAUACUUGCUGCUAUGCCUCCAAAGCUGAAUCUCGAUGCGAGGGAGUCAAGCUCCCAAAAGUUACGCCCACGGUUACGUUCCUUACUCAGACCCCAUCUGCAACAUCCAGCUCAACUGCCGGCGCCGCCCCAACCCACGAAACCGAUGAUGCAAAGACUGGAGGUAGUGGCAAGUUAAGCGGCGGCGCCAUUGCUGGCAUUGUCAUAGGUGCUAUUGCUGGCGUGGCUCUCCUAGCCUUCUUGCUAUUCUUUUGCCUACGCACCUCGCGCAACCGCAAAGGUAGCCAACGUGGCAGCGUCUUUAACCAGCCAGCACCUUCACGUAAGGCUGCCCCUCCUAUGCAGCAACAAACUCCUGCUCCACAGGGAUAUGAAGUGCUUCCCGGCGGCCGAAUUGCGCGUAUGUCUGCUCUUGAAGGCCACUCUGGCCAAUCCCCGGCGGCGAACCGCGCGAGCCGAUCCAACAGUGCCUACACAGGCAGCCGCAAGAAGGGAGGCAGCGAUGACUCGUCGUCAGACGAGUAUGGUGAUGCCCAAGAAUACGAACAUCACUCUGCCCUGCGACCUCCUCCAACCACCUCUAGAAGACUUGGAUCUCUGUCUAGCGCGUCAGCCCUUCAUAGCGAUGGCCAGCUCUCUCCCGUGACUUCGGGCGGCUUUUCUUCACCCCAGCAAAUGACCAGCCAACAAUCCGAACAGCUUCCCUUCUUCAAAGAUUACUACUCGCAGGACGAUAUCCACCCUAGUGAUCGUGUGUCUGUCCUCUGGGCAUACCAACCUCGGGCUGGCGAUGAGUUCAUGCUUGAGCGCGGCGAUAUGCUCAAGGUGGUCGGCAUCUGGGACGACGGCUGGGCGACAGGUAUUAUGCUAGACGAACGAGCUGAAGACUAUGAAGCAAGGAGACAAGCUCAGCGGGACAGCGGCGUCUCUAGCUCCUCUCAGGGCCCAUCGGCAUCUGAUGGACCAAGAAGCGAGAUGAAGGCAUUCCCGCUUGUCUGCGUUUGCGUACCUCAGCAUUGGAAAAAGAUUAUUGAAGGAGACGGGUCUACGGAAUCCGGCACAGCUGUUGCUCAUGCUCCUUCACGAGUUCCUUGAUUGACAAUAAUGCUCCCCAACCUUUGCUCGUUCUCGUCUCACUAUUCUCCCUCCUUCUAUUUCUCUCACUGUCUUUUUUGGAAUAAGCUACAUUACGUAGCACACCAGACGAUUGGCUACACUCCGUUUCCCUUGACAUUUGUCUCUUUGACUUUCGGCGCUAUCAUCUUUGCGACGAGCCGAUCAUAACGAAGCGCAAGCAGCUCUUCUCUCUUUCACAUGCGUAUUUGCAUAUCCCCGACACACCUUUAACGAAAUAUGACUUGCGGGUAGUAUUUAUUAAUCCCGUUACUCUGUACAUUCUUCUUUUGUUGUUACUUUUUUUGGGCACUCUGGCGUUUACACCGUUUCGAUUAUGUGGCGAGUAGUCGACUGAGAGGCUCACGAUUGAUAUUUUCAUAAGCACCGAGAUACCUGGAGGCUCCAGUUUGAAUUUAUUUAGCUAGUUCAGAUACCAAUACCAGUUUCUUUUCUUUUUUGAACACACU